GCACUGGGGGCACCACGUGCACACCAGGGGGCCCAGAAAGUACCCUGUCAUCAGGAAUGCAUGGACCAUGCUGGCCUCGGCGUACUGGCACGGGCUGCACGGGGGGCAGCACCUGGCGUUCCUGUCGGUGCCGCUCUGGUUGGCGGCCGAGGCUGCGGCCGAGCGGGCGCUGGGGGCUCGUUUUGGGGUGCCCCUGGAGCGGCUGGGGGGUCCCUGGGGGUCCCUGCUGCGGGGGCUGCAGUGGUUCCUCAAGAUGAGGGCCUUCGAGUACCUGAGCGUGGGGUUCGUGCUGCGCGAGGCAGAGCCCACCCUGCGCUUCUGGGGCUCGGUGCAUUUCUGCCUCCACCUCCUGCCCCUCGCCCUGCUGGGGGUCUGCAAGGGGCUGGGGGCAAAGGGGGCUCCGGGGGGGAAAGGGGGGGCACCCCUGAACCCCAAAAUACACGAGGAAAGAGACCCCCUGAACCCCAAAAUCCACGAGGGGAGGGAACCCGAAAUCCAGGAGGAAAGAGAUCUCCUGAACCCCAAAAUCCAGGAGGGGGGGGAUGCCCAAGUGAGGAGGAGGAGAGACCCCCAUAAGGAUGAAGGGGGAGACCCCCUGAACCCCAAAAUCCAGGAGGGCAGAGACCCCCUGAACCCCAAAAUCCAGGAGGGGAGGGACCCCCUGAACCCCAAAAUCCAGGAGGAAAGAGACCCCCUGACCCUCAAAUUCCAGGAGGAAGAGGGAGGGGGGGAUGUCCAAGUGAGGAGGAGGAGAGACCCCCAUAAGGAUGUAGGGGGAGACCCCCUGAACCCCAAAAUCCAGGAGGAAAGAGACCCCCUGAACCCCAAAAAGCAAGAUGGGGGAGACCCCAAUAACCAGGAGGGGAGAGACCCCCUGAACCCCAAAAUCCAGGAAGGGAGGGACCCCAAAAUCCAGGAGGAAAGAGACCCCCUGAACCCCAAAAUCCAGGAGGGGAGAGACCCCCUGAACCCCAAAAUCCACGAGGGGAAGAACCCCAAAAUCCAGGAGGGGAGGGACCCCCCCAGAACAGAAGGGGGAGACCCCAAAAGUGCAGGGGGGGACGGACCCCAAUAGCCAGAAUUUAGGGGGGGACCCCAAACUUUGGGGACCCCCAGGGGAGGAGGAGAAGGGACCCCAAUACUCAGGUGAAGGGGGGGGGAGGGACCCCCUGAACCCCCAAAAAACAACAGGGGGGAGACCCCAAUGACCAGAAAUUAGGGGGGAUCCCCCCAAAUCCCCCUGAACCCCAAAAUCCAGGACAA